AGUGGAGCUCUGAGUUUUGAAUCAGUGGCGGCGAAUUCCUCGCUCGCCCGGCGUCCGGGUUGUUGGAAGAAUGCGAAGCCCGAGCGCGGCAUGGCUGCUGGGGAGCGCCAUCCUGCUGGCGGCCUCUGCCUCGGGUGACCGCACGAUCCAAGGCUUCAAUAGAUCCUCUAAAGGAAGAAGUCUCAUUGGUAAGACUGACUCAUCUCUGAUCUCUGGGAAAGUGGAUCCAGGCUUUUCCAUCGAUGAGUUUUCUGCCUCCAUCCUCACUGGAAAACUGACUACUGUCUUUCUUCCAAUUGUCUACACGAUUGUAUUUAUAGUUGGUUUGCCAAGUAAUGGCAUGGCCCUGUGGGUUUUUCUUUUCCGAACAAAGAAAAAGCACCCCGCUGUGAUUUACAUGGCCAAUCUGGCCUUGGCAGAUCUACUUUCUAUCAUCUGGUUCCCUCUGAAGAUUGCCUAUCAUAUCCAUGGCAACAACUGGAUUUACGGGGAAGCGCUUUGCAAGGUACUCAUUGGCUUUUUCUACGGCAACAUGUAUUGUUCCAUUCUCUUUAUGACCUGCCUCAGCGUGCAGAGGUACUGGGUUAUCGUGAACCCCAUUGUGCAUGCCAGGAAGAAGGCCAACAUUGCCAUUGGUGUCUCCCUGGGAAUAUGGCUGCUGAUUCUGCUGGUUACCAUCCCCUUGUAUGUCGUGAAGCAGACCAGUCACAUCCCAGCCCUUAACAUCACGACCUGUCACGAUGUUUUGCCUGAGGAGGUGUUGGUGGCGGACAUGUUCAAUUAUUUCCUCUCUCUGGCCAUUGGAAUCUUUCUGUUCCCAGCCUUCCUCACAGCUUCUGCCUAUGUGCUGAUGAUCAGAACACUUCGAUCUUCUGCCAUAGAUGAAAACUCGGGAAAGAAGAGGAGGAGAGCCAUCAAACUCAUUGUCACCGUCCUGGCCAUGUACCUGAUCUGCUUCACUCCUAGUAACCUCCUGCUUGUGGUGCAUUAUUUCCUGAUUAAACAGCGGGGCCAGAGCCAUGUGUAUGCCCUGUACAUCGCAGCCCUCUGCCUCUCCACCCUCAAUAGCUGCAUUGACCCCUUUGUCUAUUACUUUGUGUCACAGGACUUCAGGGAUCAUGCAAAGAAUGCUGUCCUUUGCCGAAGCGUACGCACGGUAAAGCGGAUGCAAAUAUCCCUCUCAUCUAAGAAAUCCUCCAGGAAAUCCAGCUCUUACUCUUCAAGUUCAACCACAGUUAAAACCUCCUACUGAGUUUUCCAGCUCCUCUGGUGGAAGUUUUACAAGAGAGUUUGGAGCCUGCUUAAUGUGGUGGGGAUGUUUCUGUUGUUUCCUAAGCCAAGCAGUUCUCACCACAUACCAUGUAUAUGCAGCCACUCUCAGGAUUGCUGGAAGCUUCCCUAUUUGCAUGAGGAAAACCCCCAAAUUACAUGGAUGUCAGUUUCAGAAUUCCUCUACUCAGAUGCUCCCGGAAAUGGAACUUACAGAAACAGACUUUUUAGAAGGUGGCGAAAACACAGAAACCAAGUGACUUGCAAAAAAAAACUAGUUUUGGUGUGAAGACUAACUUCUUAGCUGAAAUCCAUUUCUUGUACAUCAAUCACAGUCUUCUUAGGGCUUAAGGGCCCUCAGAGAUGAUCAGUCCACUUGACUGACUUGACAGAUGUGGAAAAGAAAAGGUGAAGGGGCUGUCCAGAGUCCAGAGUCGGGUUUCCAGCCAAUGGCAGCAAAUUAGCAUUGGACAGCAGAAUUGGUCAUGGGCGUUCUUUUACCACUCAUCGAAAUCCUUGAGUAUCUUGUUUAAAAAUGAAUGUUCGUCAGACUUAGGAAUGAGAGCUCAGAGUCUGGGAACAGAGCCCAGGAACCUGCAUUUUAACAAUCCUCUGCCUGAUGCUCACACACAACAAGGUUUGUGAACCACUGGUCUGGGUGCUGCAUCCACUUGACAAGGUGCCAUGGUGGUUUUUAAACGAAAAGCAAACAGAAUGCUUUGUGUCUCUUUUUUUGUUCAGCUUGUAAUGAAAUCUGUUGACUUAUUGGGGCUUUCAAUUUCUUUAUUAAUCUUUUGAGCUUUUGUAUGUAUCAUUGUCAAUUCAAGGAAAAUACAAUAAGGAUUUAAAAAAUGGAAAUACAGAUUUUUGUGUAACUUUUUAUUGACUUCAGCAAACUCUUCAGGUAGUCCGAGUUUUACAACUGAGAAUACAAGUGCCCAUGUAGUAUUGUAAGGAAUUAUUGUUAGACUAUUUAUUGUCAGUUUUGUUCUCUUGCUAUCAAAUAUGAAGUUAUAAAGUCUUCAUUGGUUUUGAACCACAUCUGUUUGGAAAAGAACAGUAAGAUAGAUGUGAUUUGCAAUAUAUUUAAGAGGUACUUGACUCCAAACUGACCUUAUAUAACUGUUGUAUUUGUGAUUUUUUGAAAGUUUAUCUUAUUGUAUGAUUUAUAAAUAACACCUGAAUUUUUUUCACAACUUAUUUCUGUGCAUGCUCGUGUGUGUGGUGUGUGGGGGUGUUUGAAGGAAGGAAAGUAAUAAGGGAAGCAACAACAUCGCUCUUCUAAGAAGAAAUGAUGUGAUACACAUUUUUACAUAAAUAGGAUCGUACUGUACAUAUUGCUCUCUGAUAAUUGUUUUUCAUUUAACCCCAUUUUAGAGUUCUUUCUAUGUCUGCAUCUAUAGGUUGCAGUUUUAAAGGAUAUAGACUAUUUAAUAUUUUGCAUAUAUUGUGAUGUAUUUAGUCAUUUCCCUACCUGUGGUUCCUGAAGUUGUCCCUCCUCCCCUUUGUGCAGACAUCUUUGUGAAUAUUUCUGUAGGAUGAGUUCCUGGAAGUUGAAUGGCCAGCUGAAAAGUUAGAUGCCUGUUUUAAAUUUUGGUAACUCUUGCCAGAUGGCCUUCAGUAAUUUAUACUUCUACCAAAAAAUACAUUUGUACCAAUUUUCUGAAAUGCUCAUCCAUACUUGAUCUACCAGUCUUCUGAAAUUUUACCAAUCUGAUUGGGGGCGAAAAAAACCUCAACUCUUAAUUUGUAUUGAAGCAGCAUAGCCUAGUGGCUAAGAGUGCAGGUCCUGAGCUGCCAGGCAGGGCUGAAUUCUGACUCCUUCAAUUUUUUGUUUUGUUAACUUAGGGAAGCUACUUCUCUGUGUCUCAGUUUCCUCAUCUGUAAAAUGAUGACGAUAAUAUCUUCCUCAUAGAGUUAUUAGGAUUAAAUGUUUGGCACAUUUAUGUGCUCAUAAAUAUAUAAUUUGUUAUAUUAUGCCUCUGUCUGCUAAUGAGAUCUCAUUUCUGAUCUGUCACUUUUUUACUUCAGUGCCAGUUGUAUCCUGCCUUCCUUGCUUUCUCUGCUUUGAGUUUCCUAGCAGGCUUGUGAGGUUGUCCCAUUUUACAGGUAAGAAAGCAAAAGAUGGUGGAUACAGGAUAAAAGGGAGCAGAAACAAAUGGCUCACAUGCCUUGCAGGUGGUCUAUGGGCUGAUUCAGUGGAAAAAAAUUUUUUGGUAUUUGCCAUUUCUUUAUUAGUCAUUUUUAUAAUACAUGCUGAUGUUAAAAAACAAACUGAACAAAAAUAUA